GAUUUGCACGCGUGGAUGGUCAAACAUUUAGAAGAGCAUCCGCUUUUUGAACGUAUAUCAGAUGAGGAAGUGGAAAAGGAUCCGGUAGUUCCAUUAGUUCGUACUGAAACGGAAGAAGGAAAAAAGGUGGAACGUAAUAACGGUCAAAAGUUUUUGGCUUGUUUUAGGCGUCUGGCGAAUUCGAGUGAUGGCUAA